CUCUCUCUCUCUCUCUCUAUUUCUCUUCCGUUCUUUUUUUUCAUAGGAUAAUGCGCGUAAACUCAUACACGUACACGCCUGUACGCAGGAGAGGAGACUUACCCGGGCACGAGCGGCCCUUCCUGGAGGGAGGACGUUCAAACGAGGGAGAUGGAGCAUCGAUACGUGAGACCGGUUACUCGACAUUCUGUGUGGUGUAUGCGGUGACCGUAGUUCCGGAAAACACUACGGCAUCUACAGUUGCGACGGUUGUUCUGGAUUUUUCAAGAGGAGCAUUCAUAAUCAUCGAGAGUAUACUUGCAAAGCACAAGGAGCAUUAAAAGGGCGCUGCCCGAUCGACAAGACUCACAGGAAUCAAUGUCGAGCUUGUCGGUUAGCUAAGUGUUUUAAGGUCAAGAUGAACAAAGAAGCAGUACAACAUGAGCGUGGACCGAGAAAACCGAAGCCACCACAUUCGAUCUUUUCGGAGAAGCAACAACAUCAACAACAACAGUCACCGAUAGUCACACAAAGGACAGGACUCCGUUCUGCUUACGUUCUCUCACAUCAUAGGUUCAGGUGCGAGCAAAGAUUCACACCUUAUCCUAGACCAAUAGGGCUAGCACACAAACCACCAGAAGAGUCAGCAUCCCCAGUACCUUUAACUCAGCCACAGCACCCUCCUACAACAACAACCCUUUAUCAAGCAGCAGCAGCAGCAGCAGCUACAACUGUCUCUCUUGCUCCGCAACAAUCCCUCUUACAGAUCCUGAUAUCCGCUGAGAAGUGUCAGGAACUUGUAUGGAGUACCAGACUACAAUCGGAAACGGAAUAUUCGUUAGAACAAACGGAUUCCGAGACGAGGCAUAGUCCUACGGGAACCUUGAAGAUUAUUGGUCCAAGUUGGGAAAUGUUCGAGGAGAUCACCGCCAGGCUCCUUUUCAUGGUCGUGAGAUGGGUCAGAUGUUUGCCACCCUUUCAAGCCCUACCAAAGGACGAUCAAUUACUUUUACUCGAACGAUCCUGGACUCAACUCUUUCUUCUACAUCUUGCUCAAUGGAUGAUACCUUGGGAUAUGACGAGUUUACUCGAUGAUGAACAAGUUAAAAGUCGACUUCCGGUUAAUGACGUUGCUAUCAAUCAAGAGUUGGGUAUGAUACAGUCAAUAAUAUACCGUUUCCGGCGCUUGGCACCUGAUGUCUAUGAACGUAGUUGUAUAAAAGCUCUGACUCUUUUCAUACCAGAAACAGUUGGGCUUCAUGUGGUACAACCAAUCGAGAUGCUACAAGAACAGGUGCAAUGUAUCUUAGAUGAUUAUAUGAGAUCAAGAUAUUCGCCACAGGGUAGAAUCUGUAGCCUGAUGUUGUUGGUUGGUUAUCUAAGAAGUGUUUCGUCGAAAACCGUUGAACGUUUGUUUUUUCACGAGACUAUUGGUGAAAUUCCAAUAUCACGUUUAUUGGUUAAUAUGUACGAGAUGGAGGAAAGGCAAAUCGAAGUGCAGUAAUUUUAAGAUAAAUUAUUAAUUUAAUGGGUUAGAAUCAUUCAAUUGCAUAUCUUCAUUAAAUA